AUGCUCCCGGAAUCUACUUCAUUUCCAGUCGCGGCCAGCUCUCCCUCUACCUCUCUUUUCGACGGCACGACUACUGUCCAACCUCGGCGACAUGCUUCAUUGAGCUUCACCUCAAAUAAGCCGUUGUAUCGUCCCUUACUGAGCAACAGCACAAGCACGCCAGAGCAGGACACAGCUCGCCAGGAUGGUCGUCCGAAUCCCAAUAUCAAUGGGUUCUCCGCCGCCCUGAGCUGUUAUCCUAUCGUUAGACAGCUAGCCAGCCAGCUUGAUCUAAACACUUUGCACAAUCUGUCACGCACCUGCCGCCAAUUCCGCGCCAAUCUCCUCGAAUACCGCGACCAGCUGAUCCGCCACACGUUACACUGUGAUUUGGAGACGGCGGAACUGAAGACUGACCAUACCCUGAGGGUUAGAGACGUCUACAGUCGACAGCACACCACUGGAAAGGUCGGCCAAUGCGCGCGUGACAUGGUGGGCGAGUGCCAGCGUUGCGCCAGCGUUGUGUGCCGGAAUUGUACCAUCAAGCCUCCGCCCACACCUGUCGUUCGUGUACGGCAUCGGCGCCUCUGCCGUGCCUGUACAAAGGCCCCGCUUCAUCUGAUCACCGCACCCCAGCGUCCUCGGGCGGCUACGAGCGCAACCCCGUCCCCCCCUUCCACACCCAAUUGUCAGCCCAAGUUCUUUGAAGAUCACUCCUCCCGAGCUUUUACGGCGUCGGCCUUUCAGCGCGCUCCUUGUCGCUGUGCCGAGGUGGUCUGGUUAUGCCAACCAUGUGGCCAGCAUCUUAGGAACGCCGAUACCAUGUAUGUUCGAGCUUGGAGUUGGCGAACGCGAUACAGCCAUUACUUGGGAGGCGUCGGAACGGGCGCUGGCCAAGGGAAUGAGGGCGUUGAAUGCGGACGUGGACCUAGUUGCCUCGCUGCAAGGAUAGUUGAGCACGAGAUCGAGUGCGAUGCGGAAACGCUUGCCUCGUUGGAAGGCUCCUCCCCGGAUCGAUGGACGGGGACGAGCUAUCUUGCACAAGAGAUUGAGGGUGUUGGGGGUGGAUUCAAGAUGAAGCAUAAAAAGCAAGUGCUCGUGGGUGAUGUUGUUAAGAUCUACAAGGAUGAAGAGGAUAAAACCAUGCAGUUCCUCGAGCGUGAAGUGGCUGGUAAGGUUAGGAGCUGGUGCUCCUGGUGCGAGCGAGUAAUACUUGGAGAGAAGGAUUUGGCUGAGGCUUCUGGGCGACGACCUUCGUCGAGUAGCUCUUGCUCGGCUUCUUCUUGUAGUUCUGUGUAGGUAAGUUUGUGGACAGCGCGUAGCCACUUCUUGAGCUUCCUUCUUUUCAUUAUCAUUACUCUAUUUGCUUAAUUGCAUUGCGCGUGGUACGCAACAUGCGGCGGUUUCCCAGCCACUUGAAUCAAAAUUACGCACAAUCACAAUAUUUUUAGAAUCUCC